UGUUUUGGUGAACCGGCAGGAAAAACGCGGAUUAUUGUUUUAGUUCUCUGUUUUGUGUAUUAAAUCAGUAGAGCCGCAACUAAAGAUUGUCCUACUACAGCCAGAAUUGCGAUCUAUAUGGAAAAAUGACAACUUACGUUGGUUUUUGUAAAGUUUUCGUGCGUCAGUAGCGCUUAAAAACGCGACCACGUGAAAUCCAGCAACAACAAGUCGGCCGAGACCAUGGAUUUGUCAGAGUUCUCGGACAUCAAUAUUGAUCAUCUCCUUGGUUCCACCGCACCGCUCCAAGAUGGCUUGGUGGUACCAUACAGGCAGGUUCCACUCCCCAAGAUUAAUGAUGAUAUUCGGACCAGGCGAAUCCGGUUGGCCCAGCGGAUUGCCCAGAACGACGAGCUGAUCCGCCAAAUAAAACAGCUUCAGGUCCAGAACAAAAAGCUGGUGGACCUCCAACGCACCGCCCAGGAGGUGACAGAUUUGUAUCAAAAGGAGAAGCAGCAGCGAACUGAGCUGGAAAAGUCCUGUAGGCAGAUUAGCGAGCGUUGCGGGGAAUUGGAGAAGGAGCUGGACGCGCAGGUGCUUAACUGCGAAAAUUUGCAGGAGAAGCUGCAGGUCAGGGGGUUGCCUGUGGAUGCUAAAGAUGUGCUGUCCUUGAUCAUGCAGCUGGCCCAGCGAUUGGGUGACGAUUGUGGACUGUUGCGGAGGGACCAGAACAUCUUAAAGAAACUGAAGGAACACUGCAAGGCGGUGGAUAUAGUUCUUCCAACGCCAAAGAGUCCCAAUCAACGAAGCAAACGGAAAAGCCAUCAGCCUGGGGUCAACCAAUCUACGCAGACCGACGUGGAACCCGUAAUAACUAAGCCCCUUCUUUGUUCUGUGGCUGUGCAGGUGGAGAAUCUAAUUGAGACCCGCAACCAGGGCACGCAGCACAAAAACACUACCACCACCAGGGGCACUACCACAGCCUCUUUCAUUAGGCAGCACGAUGUGGGCACCUGCUUUCCGGAACCAAAAUCCCUUCCUAAUGUGCGGCAGAUACUCGAUGAAAUGCUCUCCUGGCGCGAUAAUAUUGUAAUUGAACCGAUGAGUACACUGAGUGAUCCGCAGGCGGAGUGGGAGGACAUACCCACCACAGCGAGUGUGACUACAUGUACCACUCUGUGUGAUAUACACCGGGAGAUUGACUUUGUGUCCGAGCUGCCAUCGCAAAUCAAAGUGUCGGCCUCACGCCCACCCUCGCGAACCAUGUUGGACAGUGUGAAGGAGGAGGCCAGGUCCUCCAGGGAGCUCGCGAAGGAGCUGCUCAACUUUCUACCUCAAAACCAAAGCUGCCUGGCCAAUCUGCCGCCGCAUGCCUUCGAGGAGCUGUGGCAGGUCUUUGGUCAAAUGGUGCUGGGCCUGCUGCAAAGGCGCUCCAACCCGACGGUGGCCACGCCGCCCACCGUCAGCCAGGCGGACUUCACAAGCUGGCUGUAUGAGCUCUAUGAGGGCACGCAGAACCAGACGGAGCAGAUCUCGAGUAGUAGCGCCAGCAAGAGAGAUUUCGCCACUAGCACAGAUUGCAUGGACGUUGGCACGGAUCCCAUCAUCGAGUCGCCCAACAUCAGCCACGGCGGAGAUGUUACGCCAAUUCGUCUGCCCUCCAAACCCAGAGGACGAAAGACGAAAUCUAAAAAGCGCAAAGCGGCUACAAUACCAAAUCCUACUCCAAAACGAAAUUGUUUUGAGAAGGAGCCAGCAUGUCAGGAAAAAAAUAUUGAAUCAGAAGAAAUAGAGCAUGAACAAAAGCCAGAAACGGCAAUCCAAUUUUUAAGCAAAUUGAAUAAUUUUAACAUGGCCAACUGUGAUAAUCUCGAUAUGGAUUUGGAUGAGGAAGAACUGUACCUCCUUCAGCUGACAUCCAACGCGAAAGACCAAGUAAAUGACAACGAAAACUUGGAGGAUGAGGUUCCCGAAGACUUUGAAAGCCCUGCGGAAAAUGCUGAGUUCCUACUGCAAGAAAAUAAAGAAAAACAACCUAUUACUCCAGUCCACAAAGAGAAAGAUUUAUCUUUAAAAGAUGAUGACCAAAAUAACGCUAGUAUAGAACUCUUGCACAUACAAGAUAAAACUAAAGAGCUUCUGCCUAAAAAACAGUUGGACUCGGAAGUGAAUAUUUUUAAAGAACCAGAAAUCGAGUCAGAAAAAAAAGAGAAGAUUAUAAAGUUAUCACAGGUUGCUACGAACGGAGCGAUUCCAUCAAAUCUAUCCACAUUUUCCAGUAAUUCUGCUGUAAAAUCAAAUGUGAGGGAAGAAAAAUGUUCUGAAGAAAUGCUUGAUUUGGAACUGAGCACUUGUGAAGUGCGAGAAAAAAAAGCAGAAGUUCCAAACGGAACAGAAAGACUUAAUUCACCCUUGCUUAGCAGAGACUCAAAUCCUGAUAACAGCAUAAGGAAAAAUGUUGAGAAAGACAACGUGCUGAAAUUUAAAUCUUGCAAUGAUCCGGAAAGCCAGUUAAACCAAGAGGAUAUUUUACCAAGUUUAAAUACAUCCCUAUUCGGAAGUGAUUCAGAUUUAGAAUCCGAAGUGAGCGAAGAGCAGAUGAAUCCCGAAUUUUGUGUAUCGGAUAAUGAUUCUGAUGAUAUUAAGGCGGAGUGUGAAAUUUCUCAUGACCAACCAGAUUUCAAAAAGCGGUCCAUUUCUUCCUUGUUCGGCAGUGAUUCAGAUUCAGAUGUAAACGAGGAGCAUGCACUCAAACUAGAACUAGACCAAAAAGUUCUCAGAAAUGAGCCGGAUAAAUUAAAUUUAUUUAAUUUACCACUAUUACAAGAUGAUACAGACUCUAGUGCUGCAGAAGAGUCACUCUCCAAGGAACAGGCCGAUAAGAAAAAUGAAAGUGAGGUUAGUCAAGAGCACAUGGUUCUUUCGCACUGCCUACCUUCACUCGCCCAUGCCGAUUUAGUUGCCAUAAAGCCACCAUUACUUAUCGAAAAUUUUGGAGUUGUAGUUAACGAACACCAACUGCCCAAAGAGCAAACGAGUUCAAAAGCCACCUCAAACUUAAGUGAUGAAUCUGAAGAUGAGCAGAGUCUGGUUAUAGACGAAGAAACCUCCGUUAAACAACCAGAGGAAUCACCAUUCCCUCGUCCAGUGCCCACUAAAAGAAGAAAAGUACAAAAUGAGAUCAAAACACUUUCGCCAACUGGAGUAACUCGCUUAACUCGUCAGAGAGCCAAGCAACUUCUUAACGAAGGGAGUGCAGGAAAUGGACUAUCGCUUGUGGAGCAAAUAAGAAAUCAGUUAAAAGAAGCAUUAACCAAGUCGGAGUCUUCAAAAAACACGAAGCUAGAAUUUAAGCCCGUGGAGUCUAACAGACUAAUGGCAGAAGAGGCACACACUGAACUGAAACCCAUUAAGCAGACCAAUACAAUCAGCGAAGAGUCUCCAGCCUCUCCCGUUUCCGAACCAACGGAAGAUUUUUUCGAUCCACCAACCAAAAUUCCCUUGGAGCAAGCUGCUUGCAGGCAGCAAGAUGGCAAACCCAAGUCGAUCCUACAACAUGUAAUUGACGUGGGGAAAGGGGUCAAAAGGCCUAGCAACACGAAGAAGAAAACUUUAGGAAAAUCACAACCUCGACUUUGCUCCGCAAUAGGCAAAUAUCUUCAGGAGACUAUGCAACUAGAGUCCACCUGCAGUGACUUGGCCCUGGAGAUUUACCAGCUGACCAAAGAUGAGGCCGUGAUUGUCAACGCCAUGAUAACGGUAAUCUGCAGGAUUGGCACCGAUGAGCAUCCAGUGGAACGCCUGUUGAAUGCCUUGAAAUAUUUUGAUUUCACGCAGAGAUUUUUGUCUGAGCUGGAAGAGCGGUUGUUCCGGAAUACCAAAGAGCGACCGGCCAUUGAGUUGGCGCUGAAGUACGUAAAUCUUUACUUGAAGGCGGUGUCGCUACAGGCAACGCUGUCGGCGGAAUAUGAAAAUCCCGCAAGGCUACUGCUGGCUAAAAUACUGUAUCACUUUGACCGGGAUAUGCCGCCACUAGUGAUUGAGCUGUUGCGCCAUUUUCCCACGGUCCUCCCACAUCGAGAACAGCGGGAUUAUGAUCAUUCGGAUCCCCUUAUCACAGUGAUUAAGCAUCUACUGAUGGGCCGCACGUACGACAUGCAGGAUCCAGAUGGAGCCGAACGGCUGCUGCUAUCCAAGCUGCGCUUUGAAUACCACUUCCAACCUUUUGAGCCCACCAAACAGCAGGUGCUGGACAACCUGGUGGAAAAGUUAAAGGCCGGCCGACUUGAGCAGCUGGGCUACGCCUUUGCGCUCUUCUGCCGGCGCUCUUCGCAUCUCAAGGUGCUGGAUAGCGUACUGGGAAAACAUUUAAUGCCGCUCGCAACCAGUUACUGUGAUCUCGCUGCCCAGAACAAGUCAUACGAUGCCCGGCUCGUGAGUCUGCUGCAGUGCAUCUCUUUGGUUCUGAAACCACUGCCCCUAGAUACUGAUAUAUCCGCAUUCGUGGGGUUCUUGAAACGGCUGCUCGUGGCAGUGCCACGAUCUGAAGUUCAACUGCCGGCCGUGCAGGCCUGUCUACGUCUGCAAAGAUUCGGAUUCACGUACACUUUGGAUGCCCUGAAGGACUUCAGGCCCAGCUAUCAAAUGGAUCCGCUAACGAGAGCCAUGUUCCGAUGCUUUGCGGAGCGGAAAAAGCAGUUCCGUCAAGUAGCUGCUACUAAAAAGGCUUCAAAAGAUUAGAGAUUCCUUUGUAUGAAUUGCAACUAUUUAUUUAUGUAUGUAAUUGUAUAGAAUUUGAAUUAAACUAAAUGCCAACUGCGCUGCGAAUCUUUACAAA